AUGUACACCUCCCUCUUCAACUCUGAAUCUUUCCUCACCACUACCCUCUUCAUUGAACGCCUCAUUCAAGAAGAGAAACACAUCUACGCCCUCAUCGACACCUGCCAGAACGACUCCACCCUCUCCCUCCACCUCCACCUCAUCUUAGAAGCUGUUGCCACCGAGAAGCAUCUUGAAGGCAAACUUGGAUACAAAGACGAAAAUGUCCUUAGUCUCCACACUAUGGUAAUCACUGCCAUCGCCGCUGCCAUCCGACAUGGCAUCCUAAACACUAUCAGAGACUGUGACAAGCUCCCUGCUGUCCCCGACUAUAUCCCAAGCCAUUUCGCAGGACAAGGGAUUAUACAGUAUUUCAAAAAGUUUGAUGCCGAAAUACACACCUAUGGGAAAAAGUUCCUGACUUCCCCUUGA